GUUUAUCAAUUGCUCCAUAUAAAAUAUCAUUGAAGUGUUUGACAGCAACAGCAGCAACAACAACAGCAGCAGUAGCAGCGCAGCAACUACAUAAAACUAACGGCAAAAUCAACAUCGGGAGCAACAACGACAGCAUUGGCAGUGGCAGCGCAGACGACGUCUGCUUAAAACGGAGGAAAUCAAAUCGAAUCGACGCGAAUCGUAUUGACGCGGUGUGGUUUUUGACAAUAUGUUGAGCCCACCAUAAUGAAGGAAAUUGAUAGCGAGACAACUGUAGUAUGGCCAGCCUGGUGUUAUUCCGGUAACACGCCCACAGACAUACUGCAGCAGAAGCCCGCGAAGGCAACGACGGCCACGCCCGCCAAACACCAAAACGAGGAGCAGGCGCAGCAAUUUAACUCUCUGCCCGCGGCGGCGGCCACUAAGCGCAAGCACCUCGAACGGCUCGCCAGCGAUCUGCGACAGCAGCAACAGUUGCUCAGCGGCAGCAGCAGCAGCACUGCAAACAUGCUCAGCGAACGCUCGCUGCUGCUCAGCGGCUACGGGGCCAUCGACAGCUCAAAGCAGCUGCGAGAGGCCAGCAGCCCGACAACAGCAGCAACAGCUGCAGCAGCGACGGCAACAAGUGGUAACAGCAAUGCUGCCGCCACGCCGGCAGCAGCAGCCAAUACCUCCGCCACAACAACAGCAACAGCCACAGCAGCAGCAGCAGCCGCCGCCGUGGCAACAGCAGCAGCAGCAACGACAGCAGCAACGAAUGCUGCUGCUGCAGCCUACGCUGCUCUGUACUUUGACAGAGUGAAGCAUGAAAAGCUGUCGCCAUUGCAUAUGACGAGCGCACAGAUUGAUUCGCUAAAGGAUGUCUUUUUGGAGUCUACGGUCAUGGUCAAUAUUCACAACAACAACAACAACAACAGUAGCAGCAAUAACAACAACAACAACAACAAUAGCAGCAGUAGCAAUAACAACAUUAGCAACACCAACAGCAACAGCAAUCAUCAGCAACAGUUGCUCAGCAUCAACAGCAGCAAUGUGAAACGGGAGCGUCUCAGUCCCAACACCAACAACAGCAAUAACAACAACAACAAUGGCGAGCUGUCCGUCUCCGCGGCAUUUGCCAGAUCUCGCAGCGCCACGCCCUCAUCCGCAACGUAUCGCAGUGGCGGCAGCAGCGGCGGCGGCGGUGGCAGCAUUUCGCCCAUUCAGCAGCAGCAACAACAACAACUUCAGCAACAACAGCAACGUUUGAGCCCGCCCAGCUCUCAGACCCACAUGCCCCUGCACAAUUUGUCCACAAAUCUGUUGAACAGUUUUCAACAGGCGGCCGCAGCAGCCGCUGCCAGCAGCAACAACAAUACCAGCAACAGCAGCAGUCAGCGCAGCAGCGUCAGCAACAGCAACAGCAACAACACCGUCGCCGUCGGCAGCGGCGCCGGCAGCGCUGUCACCAGCCCAGUGGGGGCAACAACAAGUGCCCCAGCAACAAAUGCCACGGAUUUCUCCACGCGCAACUAUUCGGAUAUCAUGCGCUGCCUCGCAGCCAAAUACAACAAUGCCAAUCCCAAUGAUCAUCAUGCAACCCGUCGCAAUUCCUACUACGACAGCAGCGGCAGCAGCAACGCUGGCGUCGCUGUUGCUGCUACCGCUUCGACUGGCGGCACGGAACGCAGCGGCGCCAAGGCGAGCAAUGUUAACAGUGGCAGCACUAGCAGCAUCAGCAACAGCAACAGCAACAGCAACAACAACAACAGCAGCAGCUGCAACAUCAGCAACAGCAGCAACAGCAACACCAGCAAUUCGAGUAGCAAAAAACACUCGCCAGCCAUCGCAGCCAGCUUGAGGGAGGUCAAGGAGUGCGCUGCCACAUUGUCGGGCGGCGGUGGCAGUGGCUCCAUAGUGGGCGUGCCAGUUGGCGUGGGCUCCACUGUGGCCGGCAGCAACAGCCUGCCACUGGCUGCGUCCCAGUCACCCACAGAGCAGGCCAAGAGCCAAAUGGCCGCCGUGGUGGCCGCCGCCAGCGUUUCGCCAUUCAUGAGCAACUUUUUGCCCUUCUCGGGUGGCAUUUUUCCAAUGAUGGACAUGAGCAGCACCCAGGCGCUGUUAACGCUGGCGCGUGCUGUCAAAGAUGCUGAGAUACAGCAAAUACUGCGCGGCAAGCAACAGCAGCAGCAGCAGCAACAAUUGCAUAUAAAAGGCAGCAGCUCGAAUGCCUCGUCGCCCAGUGCCAGCGCAUCGAGCACGCCACGUCCCAGUUUAAAUGCCGCGCUGCAGCAAGCGGCGCAAUUUGUUACACCCGCUUUAAUCUACUCGGCGCAAUUGCAGCAGCAACAGCAGCAGCAACAGCAACAGCAGCAACAAUCGCAUAACGCCUCGCGUCAGUCUAGUCCACGUUGCAAUGCGGAGGCUGCAAAUGUUGCAACUGCAGCAGCAGCGGCAGCGGCGCCGUUGGACUUGAGUUCUCAGCCGCCAGCUGCCAAACGUUUUAAGGCUGAAUCAUCCACAGCAGCAACAACAGCCGCAGCAGCAGCAGCAACUGUUGCCACUGCAAGCACAGCAUCGAGCACACCUUCCCCGCCACUUAUGGAGCAGAAGCCAACACUGAAUACAGCCGAGGGCCAAAGCAACGCCAACGCAACAGCAACAUCAGCAGCAACAGUUGCUGCUGCAGCAACAGCAACAGCAGCAGCAGCGACCGSAGCAACGUCGCCAGCGGGCACAGUGCGUCAGUGUCAGGCGCAAAGCGAGGAAGUGAACUCCUGGUCCGUGGACGAUGUCUGCACCUUUGUGGGUGGAAUUGAUAUAUGCGCCGAAUACGUACAGCACUUUCGUGAGCAGAGCAUCGAUGGCACGGGCUUGCCGCUGCUAACCGAAGAACAUUUGGUUAGCUCGCUGGGCAUGAAGCUGGGUCCAGCGCUGAAGCUGCGCUCCAUAUUGGCGAAGAAAUUGGGCGGGCCCUGUCCGUGUGUUGCGUGCGUUGCGCAGGCGCAACAGAUGCUGGCAUUGCAAACGGGCGGGACACCAGCAGCAACAGGAGCAGCAGCAGCAACAGGCGCAUCGGGAGCAACGACAACAACAGCAACUGCAACAGCUACAACAACAAAUGUUGUAACUAGUUGCAGCAGUUUGUCCAACAGUAGCAGCAACAGCAGCAACAGCAGCAGCAACAACAGCAACAGCAGCAAUAACAACAUGCCCGAUAGCUGCAAUGGGCCUAGCAGCAGCAACAUUGUUGCGGCAGCAAUGUUGCGCUGUAGCUUUGAUGCCGCCGAUAGCAACAAUGAUGCUGCCAGCUAGUUUUCCUCUGUCACAAAUCGAAAUUAAAAUAAUUAAAUUAAAAAUAAUCUAAAGUUUAUAUAAA